AUGGCCGAGUCACACUCCGAGUCAACCUCCGACUCACCCACCACCACGUCCUCAACGCCCGCUCAAUCCGCCACUGUCGCUAUUUCAACCCCACAAUCUCACCAUGCCUCCUCCUCCUCCUCCUUCCCCGAGAUCCCAAUCGAGAUCGUCAGCGAAGAAGAAAUGGCUAUCCUCGACGCAAUGCUCGCAGCCACGCGCUCCAUCCUCCCUUCCGCGAUCCGCUCCGCUUCUUCUCCUUCACGAAGCCCAAAGGCCAUCCGCUCGAUGACCAUAUUCUCGAAAAGAAAACUCUCCGCUUGUUCGGAUAUCGAAGACUCUUACUUGCAUCGGUUCAGAAGAAACCAAGCUCUGAGUGUCACGGAUCUCACCGGCACAGAAUGGUGUGAGAAACAAAUGGAGAAUCUUCUUUGUUUUGGAAGGAGGAAAGUCAACAAAGCCAUGAAACUUGGUCAGGCUCGUCAUUUAGAGCUUGAAGAAGAGGUAGUUACAAAGGUCAAAGUAAAAGUGGAAUCAAAUGAAGAUAAAUGGGCACUGAAGCUGUUAAGUUCAAUCGCAGGUGUUAAUCAAUACUUGUUUGAAGGACGAACCCGUGAAUUAUUAGUCUUAGGAUUCGUUGGAGGUCAAUGGAUUAUAGGAAUUAUUGAUGAGGUUCGAAACGCAACAGCAGAAGAGUCUUCUGAAAUUGGACCGUUGUUGAUAGAUACAAAGACUCGAGUCCGUGACACACUCCCUGCUGAGCCACAAAGAAGGAAUGGAAGAUUUCAGUUGAUGCUUUACAAGAUGCUAUGGGACAGUGUUGUGAAAGAAAAGUUCCAGACAAAACGCUUUUUCGAUUACUUCUCUUUGGAUCGGCACUACGUUCUAUCGAAAGAUGUAAGAGAUAACAUUGCUAAUGCAGGUAUCCCAGCACAGACACUUGAAGAGAUAGUUAGGUACUAUGAGAACACUUUCAAGAUGCUUCCGCUAGCAAACGAUCAAUUACUAAUACGGUACGAGUUUCAAAAGGACCAAUCGAUAAUAGCUGAGAUUAGGUUCCAACAUGAUCAUGAAUGGAUGAUGAAAAAAUAUACAGAGCUCACUGAAUUCUGGAGGAGUGAACGAGAAGCUGAGUACACUCCAGAAGAAGAACGUUGGAAAUGCCGAUAUUGCCAAUUUGCUAAGUCUUGCCUUGGAAACCCGAGUCUGGAAUCUCUUGCGUCGAGCUCACCACCCAGAGAAACUCCUCCUUUAGCAAACUAG